AUGUCUUUCAAGACGUUGCUCCUUGCGGUUAUUGUUGCUGUCGUUUUCUGUCGGCCGCCGCUGCAGAUACUGCGGCCAGAUGUAUUUGGAAACCAAUUCUGCGACCUCUGCCAACAAGCCAUCAACGAGUCGGCCGUCAACCUUGGCAACAUAAAUGUCACGGUUCUCGAGAUGCCUUCAAACGAGCUGAAACAUCUGGCUGACGAGGCGUGCGCAGAGGCCGUGAAACCAGGAGCCGAGGCUUUCGUUUGCAGCCACGUCAUUUUCGAGAUCCUCAACUACAUGGUCGGCAAAACUAUCAGCGACAUCGACCCGAAAUCGGCCUGCUUGGACCUCACGCUGUGUAUUGAUGAAAAC